CAACGAAUUGAGGUCACAAUAGCGUAGCGCGUACCUUCGCCAUUUUCACAGCUCUUUGUGCGCUACCGUUUGCAAAGAGUUUCUGUGUUUUUAACAAGCCAUUUGCUACUUCAGAUUUUAAAUCCAUUGCGAGAAUGCAAGGAAACAGAGGCCCCCAGCAGAACCGCGGCCCAAACCGCCCGGGAGAGCAGCUGAAAAGCGAAGGAACAAACAGCAACGGGCAGCAGCCAGAUCCCAACGAGCAGACCAACCCCAACGAGGCCUUAACCCUGGACCUGCAGAGCUUCAGAAAGCCCGGGGAAAAGACCUUUACCCAGCGGAGCAGGCUGUUUGUAGGUAAUUUACCAACGGGUGUUACCGAGGAGGACCUGGAGAAGCUGUUCACCAAGUAUGGAAAAGCCAGCGAGAUAUUUAUUAACAAGGAAAGAGGCUUCGGCUUCAUUAGGCUCGAAACGAGAAUCAUAGCAGAGAUUGCCAGAGCCGAGCUAGAUGAUACCCCCUUCAGAGGCAGGCCCAUACGGGUGAGGUUUGCGACACACGGAGCUGCUUUAACUGUGAAGAAUCUGCCAGAGUUUGCGUCCAACGAGCUCCUGGAGGAGGCCUUCGCAGUCUUUGGCCAGAUAGAAAGAGCUGUGGUCAUAGUGGAUGACCGAGGGAGACCUACGGGGAAGGGCAUAGUGGAGUUCACCUCAAAGCCAGCUGCAAGAAAGGCUUUGGAUAAGUGCUCUGAUGGUGCUUAUCUUCUGACAGCUUUCCCCCGGCCUGUUACAGUGGAGCCUAUGGAACAGUUUGAUGAAGAGGAGGGACUGCCAGAAAAGUUGGUCAACAAAAACCAGCAGUAUCACAAAGAGCGUGAGCAGCCGCCACGAUUCGCUCAGCCCGGCUCCUUCGAGUAUGAGUAUGCCAUGCGAUGGAAGGCCCUGAUGGAGAUGGAGAAGCAGCAGUAUGAGAUGGUGGACCGCAACAUGAAAGAGGCGCAGGAGAAGCUGGAGGCUGAGAUGGAGGCAGCCAGACACGAGCAUCAGGUGAUGCUGAUGAGGCAGGACCUCCUGAGGCGGCAGGAAGAGCUGCGAAGGAUGGAGGAGCUCCACAAUCAGGAAGUGCAGAAGAGGAAACAAGCCGAGCUCCGACAGGAGGAGGAACGCCGCAGGAGAGAGGAGGAGAUGAGGCUGCGCAAUGAGGAGAUUAUGAAGAGGCAGCAGGAGGGCUUCAGGGGCAACUUCUCUGAGAACAGGGAGCAAGACAUGAGGAUGCAUAUGGGUGGUCAUGGGAUGCCCAUGAACAGAAACUCUCUGGGGGGCAGCUCUGGUCCAGCUGGUACUCCUGGCUUGGCUGCAGAGAAUUCACCAAUGUUGCCAGGGCCAGGAAACAACAGCAUGCCUGGAGGUGGUCAGGGUGGCUUCCCCAGAGGCCUCCCCGGCCCUGGAGAUUAUGGACCUCCCAAUAAACAACGCAGAUUUUGAAUUGCAAGCUUAAUUUCCCCCCCCCCCC